AUGGAAGAAGAUUUAGAAUUAUUUGGUAGAUGGCAAACUGAACAGUUCAUUCCAAUGCCGGCGAUCGAUGGGAAGGUGCCAAAGAAUGAAUUUGGAAAUGUAGAGCUAUUCCAACCCUGGAUGCUACCAGGUGGUACCGUCUACAUUGAAGGCUGGGUUGUUUGUGAAGAACAUAAAGAUAUUUUAUUGUCCGCAUGGCAAGACGAGCAAAAGAGGAUCAGACUUGAAGAAAAAAAGAAAAAUGAAGAAAGAAUUAUGAACAACUGGAAGAUUUUAAUAAAAGGUGUCCUAAUCAGAGAGAGAUUGAGAAAAGAUUUCAACAUAACAGUAUGUAUUGUCUUACUCAUUUCUUGA